AUGGCUCCUCACAGACUCCAAGUUGCCGUUGCAGGUCUCGGCCGCAUGGGCGCUCGCCACGCCCUCAACAUCUUGAACAAGACUCCUCGCGCUGAGCUUGUCGCUGCCUUCUCUCCCGAUCAGAAUGAGCUCAAAUGGGGCAAGGAGCACCUCGAGCCAUAUGGCGUUACUCUGUACGACGACUACAAGAAGAUGCUUGAGCACAAGGGCCUAGAGGCUGUAGUGAUCGGCACAGCGACCUCGGUACAUGCCGAGGAGACUCUCCAAGCUAUCGAGAAGGACCUGCACGUCCUUUGCGAGAAGCCUCUCUCCACCAGCGUCCAGAUCUGCCAGGAUGUCGUUGACGCAGCUGCGAAGAAGCCACACCUCAAGGUCAUGUGCGGUUUCUCAAGGCGCUUCGACGAUAGCUACCAAGAUGUUGCACGCAAGAUUGAGGAAGGUGCCAUUGGCAGACCCACAGUUGUCCGAUCACAAACUUGUGACAGGCAACAUCCCGACCCAGACUUCUUCGUUCAAUAUGCUGCAUGGUCUGGCGGUGUAUUCGUCGACAUGUCCGUGCACGACAUCGACCUGACCCUGUGGUACUUCGGCUCCAACGUGGUACCAAAGUCCAUCUCCGCAAACGGUGUUGUCGCCAUUCUCCCAGGUCUCAAGCAACACAAGGACUACGAUAACGCCGUCGGCAUCGUCGAGUUCUGGGACGGCAGGAUCGCCCACUACUACGCCUCUCGCAUGAUGACCCACGGCCAAGAAGAUGUUACCGAGAUCAUCGGCACCGAGGGCAAGCUUACCGUCAACCUUAACCCCCAGAAGAACCUUGUCAACUACUACUCCAAGGCUGGCAUUACCCGGGAGGUACCCGCCGAUUACUGGGGUCGUUUCGAGCCUGGUUUCGUCAAGGAGGCCAACGAGUUCACAGCCGCGUGCUUGGACAACACACCAGUUCCUCUGGAGUUCCAGAAUGCUGUCAAGGCUGUGCAGAUCGGCGCCUGGUUGCAAGAGGCGCUUGUCAGCGGGAAGCAGAUCCGAUUCGACGAGAGCGGCAAGCGCAUCGACCGCGCGAACUUGUAG